AAGCCACCGCUGGAGGGCAGGCGCAGCCCCGGGGCCCCCAGGAUGCUGCUGCUGCUGCUGCCGCCGCUGCUGUGGGCGGGGUCCCUGCAGGAGAACCCGGGGUACAAGCUGCAGGUGCAGGCGUCUGUGACGGUGGAGGAGGGCCUGUGUGUCCACGUGCCCUGCACCUUCUCCUACCCCUGGGCUCGCAAGGGCGCUCCCCCUCCCAUUUACGGCUCCUGGUUCCGGAAACACUAUAAUCCCAGAGGGACAAUUCUCAUGGCCACGAACAAUCCAGGCAAGGCCCUGAAGAGGAAGAGCAAGUCUUCAUUUCACCUUGCCGGGGACCCCGGGGCCGGGGACUGCUCCCUGAACAUCACAGGUGCCCAGAGGGGGGACAGUGGGCACUACUACUUUCACCUGGACAGAGGCCCCAUGAAACACAGUUACCAAAGGGACCUGCUCAGUGUGACCGUAAGAGCGCUGACACAGACCCCGGAUAUCCGUAUCAAGGAGCCCCUGGAGUCUGGCUACCCCAGCCACCUCACGUGCUCUGUGCCCAGGGCCUGUGAUGGGAUGAUGCCCCUCAACCUCUCCUGGACGGGGGCCGCCCUCAGACACCUGGGACUGGACUUGGAGGCCUAUAACUCCUCGGAGAUCCUGCUUACCCCCCGUCCGCAGGACCACGGCACGAACCUCACCUGUCGUGUGACCUUCCCCAGGGCUGGCGUGAGCACCCAAAGCACCGUUAUGCUCAACGUCUCCUAUGCUCCACAGAAUCUGACCAUUGGCAUCUCCCGAGGAAAUUGCACAGAACUGAAGUACCUGGGGAACGGCUCCUCUCUUCCUGUCCUGAAAGGGGAAUCUCUGCUCCUGGUCUGUGUCACCGACAGCAACCCUCCGGCCACACUGAGCUGGGCCCAGGGGAGCGGGACUCUGAGCCCCUCCCAGCCCUGGAGGCGGGGGGUCCUGGAGCUGCCCCGAGUGGAGUUGGGCCACGAAGGCGAAUUCACCUGCCGAGCUCAACACCCUCGGGGCUCCCUGAGGGCCUCCCUGCAUCUCUCUGUGGUCUACCCGCCGCGGCGGCUCAGCCCCUCCUGCUCCUGGGAGGGCGAGGGGCUGCGCUGCACCUGCUCCUCCGCAGCCCGGCCGGCCCCCACCCUGCGCUGGCGGCUGGGGGAGGGGCUGCUGGAGGGGAACCGCAGCAACGCCUCCCUGACCGUCACCUCUAGCUCCGCGGGGCCCUGGGCCAACAGCUCCUUGAGCCUCAUUGGGCCGCUGGGCUCCGACCUCAGACUCAGCUGCGAGGCCCUGAACGCACACGGGGCCCAGAGCGCCACCGUCCUGGUGCUGCUGCCAGGGAGGCCUCCGCUUGGGGGAAAAUUCGUGCUGGGGGCCGUCGGGGGUGCUGGUGUCGCUGGCCUGCUCAGUCUCUGUGCUUGCCUCAUCUUCACAGUGAAGACCUGCAGGAAACAGGCACCAGAGACAGCUGCUGGUUGCAAGGAAGCUGUCUGCACGUUGGGUCCCAUCUCCCGGGGUUCGCAGCAUGAGCAUCUGUCAGGGACCCCUCUAGACCACCCGUCCCCAGCCGGGGACGCUCCCCCUUUGGAGGAGGAAAAGGAACCCCAUUACACUUCUCUCACCUUCCAUGGCCUGAAGCCCUGGACCGCUCCUCAGGACCUGGAGGCCACCAGCACCACGGAGUAUUCAGAGAUCAAAAUCUGCAAGUGACGCCUCCGGCCAGCUCCUGCAACGGCAGGCCAGAGGGCUCAGGGCUGCUCAGGAAGGGGGACCGCAGGGACAACUCCUGAGUGAAUCGUUGGCCACGCGGUGUAGGGGCGGCCACCUGUGUGGUGAUGGGCAGGGCUGGGCUCAGACUUCCGCUGUCACCAAUUAAUUACAGGCCCGAGUUGGAGCAAGUCACUUUACUUCUCAGUCCUCCCUUCUGUAACGUGGAUGCGACACACCUAACGCAGCGCCAAGGCGGCAAGAACCUUAAAGGGUCUUCCCUGCAGAGAGCACCUUGCCCGAGGUCACGGCUCUUCCCAGGCCAACCGACCUGGUCUGGAGGAUCCCCACGCGGCUGGCGCCCCCCCUCCGCCUUCCCCUGCACCUUCCCGCCCCCGCCUCUGCCCCCGGGCUGGUUUCUCUGGAACACUCUGGGCCUGCUUUCUGGAAACCCAACUCGUGUAUUGUCGCCACACGGAAAAUCAUUCCCGGUUUUCCGAAAUAAACAACACGUUGUCUACGUUUA